AUGAAGCUCGUUCUGAUACUCUUGCUGCUAACCGCCCCCGUAUUUUCUGAUUUUCUCGAUUGGCAAUGUGGGAUCGGCGCCAUCUCUGGCAGAAUUUCAUAUCUUCUAACAAUUUUCUCAUCAGCACAACGCGGAAUCAAUGAAUGCUGCCGAGAGCACGAUACUCUAAUCGACCGUCGACGCAACGGGCUAUGGUUAACUAGGGGCCAAAUCGAUCGUCGUUUUUGCCAAUGCCUCGACAACCACGAUAACUUCUUUGUGCGCUGGUUUAUCGAGCCGAUUUUCUGCGCGGCUGUGAAAAUUCACUCGUUCUUCUCGUCA